AUGGCUCUAAUCCCAGGACUGACUCUCUCCCAGAGACCUCCUAUUUCUCGUGCCAGUAGCCAGCUUUCUUCAGCAUCCGAGCCCGAGCCAGACGAUCGGUACGCGACGAUACCUAACCGUGCUAGCCCAGACAACUCUGGAGUAUAUCGAGGUGCUCAGCAAAAUUCCCCCGCGAGGAAACUCACCCGCAAACGUUCUCUGCUCAACUUGGCAAGUCGAAUUACCUCCAACGUGUCUUCAAUAAACCAGCAGUCUUUGCCGGAUGGCCAGAGGUCAUCGUCGCCUACAUCCAGGCCGCCGCAGCCUGCGAGGAAGCCGAGUCUCAAACACAGUCUUGAAAAACCACUACCGCAGACGCCACCCGAAUCGGACGCUGCCACGCAGUCGCCAGCUGGCGGGGACGAUUCUGGGGAAAGCUCCCGGCUGCCACGGAUUGAGUCGCGAAUAGACAGCCGUGCAAGUACAAUGGACUCGGCGUCGGGUCAAACACACUCCGCCCAGGACCAAUACCACCCUGAUAUCAGUAGCAGCAUGAGCAGCAUGUCGAGCUCUUACAAACACGAUGCCAACGACGACAAUAGAGACGGACUAACGCCUCGAAGUAAUGGCCCUGCUUCAGCCAACCCGUCGCCAGCCAUUGGCCAAGGAGCAAGGCCGGCUGGAACGGCUGCCCAGGGACCCUCGACGCAUUUGUCCGGUUUAAUGUGUAAUGUUCAUCGCACCACAGGCCGGGAACCUCCUCCACUUGUCGGCGCCACUACUACCAUCCUGGGAGACAAACUUUAUGUAUUUGGUGGACGAAUUCUCUCUCGAAGUCGACCUGCCCCUUUAACAGCCGACCUCUAUGAGUUGGACCUCAUCUCACGCCACUGGACAAGACUGGAAACGGGAGGAGACAUACCCCCGCCUCGUUAUUUCCAUUCCAUGUGUGGUCUGGGCGACACCAAGAUGGUCUGCUACGGUGGUAUGUCUCCUGCUUCCAGUCCGACCCAGACUGCGUCAAUAGCGGAUCAGCAACAACCCGAGGUUUCCGUCAUGUCUGAUAUAUACAUCUACGAUGUUGAGACUCGCAAAUGGACAUAUUUGCCAGCCCAAGACGCCCCCCAGGGUCGAUAUGCCCAUUGCGCGUGUAUACUACCCUCAUCGGCUUCCUUCGCCUCGAGUCGAGCUCCGCUAGCCGCUUUACAACACAACCCAUCGUCUUCGAAUCCCAACGAAGGCCGAAUUGGUAUCAAUAUCGAUGGAUCUGGUGGCGCCGAAAUGGUGAUUGUGGGCGGGCAGGACGGCGCGAAUCAUUAUAUCGAGCAGAUUAGCGUUUUCAACCUACGAAGCCUCAAAUGGACCUCUACGCAACCAUUGGGGAAGAGCUGCGGCGCAUAUCGUAGCGUGGCUGCUCCUCUCCUCCCCUCCGUUACCGCCAAGAUUGGCAAAGCAUAUCCGAAUGGCUCGCAGCGAGGGGACGGGACUGGCAGCAUCAUCGGCUCAGAGGCUCGCGAGACUGGCUCGUCUAUGCUCAUUUACUCAAACUACAACUUCCUGGAUGUCAAGCUUGAACUGCAAAUUCGGUCCUCCGAUGGGACAUUGGUGGAGAAGCCCAUGUCAGGAACGUACUCGCCCCCGGGCCUACGAUUCCCCAAUGGCGGUGUAAUUGACACCCACUUUGUCGUGAGUGGGACGUAUCUGACAUCGUCGAAGCAAGAGUAUGCUCUGUGGGCUCUUGAUCUACGUACACUAACAUGGAGUCGCAUCGACGCCGGCGGCAGUGUAUUCAGCCAGGGAAGCUGGAAUCGAGGUGUCUUGUGGAAUCGACGCAAUACAUUCGUCAUUUUGGGGAACCGGAAACGAAGCCUCGUCGACGACUAUAAUCACCGCCGCAUCAACUUCUCAAACGUGUGUAUGGUUGAGCUGGAAGCCUUUGGGUUCUACGACAAUCCUCGUAAGACGAGUCCGAUGUCUGGUUUCAUAUCCGCGAGCAGUCCGUAUUCUGGACUCAACCUCAGCCUCACGCGCAAAGCGGGGUACACUGCUGGCGGUCGUUUUCACUCAAGAGCCAGCGAGGAGUUGGGAGAGAGGGCCCUGGCGAUGCGCGAGCUGGCGGAUAUGGACAUUUUGUGCAUUGGUGGAGAGAGAAUACCGGUCAAUUCUCGCAUAGUGUCACGCAGAUGGGGACCCUACUUCGUCCAGCUUUUGCGAGAAGGUACGGCUACUCAGGACGGAAGCGAUGUUGUCACACUUCGAUCGGGAUUGUCGAGUAACCCUCUCCGUGCGUCUGCUCUGACCAUAACACCCAAUUCCAAGGACGCAACACAACCUCCUGGCUCGUCAAGCGGUGGCAGCAUGCUCUCGACGGCGACUACGGUAGCUGGGUCUCUAGGCGUCGCGACGGCGGCCGGUACGACUGGACAAGGCGAUGAUAUCAAUCCUGCGGCCGUAAACGCUGCUCCAACUCCCCGAUCGCUGCCACCAAACACAAGGCCACGAUGCCUUUAUCUCCCUCAUACCUAUCUGACCGUACAAGCACUGUUGCACUUCCUCUAUACGAGCUCGUUGCCGCCACCCUCUUCACCGCUGUGUACUCCCCAAAUUUUAUGCUCGCUCCUACAGAUUGCACGACCUUACCGCAUCGAUGGUUUGCUCGAAGCCGUGGUUGAGCGUCUACACGGGUUGUUGGACAGCCGAAAUGCUGCGGCCGUGUUCAAUGCCACGGCCAUGGCUGCUGGCGGUGGGCGUGGCAUCGACGGGUCUCUCAACCCCAACUUCUUUGUGAGCAGCUCCGACCCAGUUGGAUCACCGACCCAGGUGUCGGACUUCUCACUGGGCGACUCGACUGCCAACGAAUCCGCCGUUGAUUUGGUUGCUGCGACAUCUGGCCUCAGCAUCAACACGGGCGUCCAGAAGUCUGGUCGCCCGUCAAGUGGCGAGAUUUCCGCCUCGACGAGCAUGAGUGGCUCGGAAUGGGGAUCGGAGGUUGGUAGCAGCGACCGCGACCACUGCUUCAUCUGGAACGGCGAGCUCAGCAGUGUCAUCGGCCUGCAGAAGCGAGGCCUCAGAGGCUUGAUGGAAGGACGAAGAAUGCGCGAGAGAACAGGCACCGGCGGCACAGCGAGCUCGGCUCCUUCCGGGAACGCCGCCUAUGGAGGGCCAGCCCAACAGGGCCCAAGCGGACAACGCGUAGGGCUGGGCAUCGCGGGAUCCUAG